GUCCGGGUCCUCGCCACCGACUACUCCAACCCAGACUCAAUGGUAAACAUGCUCGAGGAGAACAAGAUAUCAACCGUCGUCUCCGUCCUAAACGCUGGAAUGGAUACCACGCCGGAGUUGAACCUAGUCCAAGCAGCGGAUCGUUCGAAGAUGACCAAGCGCUUCAUCCCGAACGUGUGGAGCUCUGUCGUCUAUAAGCCCGAGUAUGCCCAGAUCUUCCCAUUUGCGGCACUCAGGCUGCAGGUCAUGGAUGCCUUGUCGAAGACCGGCCUUGAAUGGACUGUCAUCUACCCAGGAAUCUUCCUUGAAUACUAUGUUACAGGACUCCCGACGCACCUCACUAGGCACAAGAUCGCUGUAGAUGUCGAUGCAAAUGCUGCUGGAAUUCCGGGGUCUGGAAAUGUUCCCAUCACGUUCACCUACACGUUCGACAUCGCCAAGUUUGUAGCCGAGCUCCUGAGCCUGGAAAAGUGGGAGCAGAAGUACUUCACCGUCGGAGACAGCAAAACUUGGAACGAGGUGGUCGCAAUCGCUGAGCAGGCGAAGGGGGUUAAGUUCGUCGUUUCGUACGAUCCCGUCGAGAAGCUGGAGAAGGGCCAGAUCACAGAGCUGCCUGGCCACAAAAAAGCGUAUGAGGAGUUCGGCGGAGAGGCGGUGGCCAAACCAAUGGUGCAAGGUAUGAAUGCACGUUUCGGGUUGUGGAUGGAAGAAGGCGCGUUCUCAUUCCGGGAUGGUGCUUUCUUGAACGAUAUGUUCCCAGACAUUAAAACGCUCAGCAUGGAAGAGGCUUGGAAGACGGUUGGAGGUAAGAACUAA